UGGCGAUUGCGAGUGCACGAAUUAUGGUCCUGUGUUCUGAAUCCGCUGUAGUUCUUCAGUUCACCUGGGAACUGCAACAGGAAUCGCUGGAAAACAGAGAUCCAAAUCCUUCUCCGUUUGCUGUGCCCCCGCCAAAUCUUCUUGCCACCGUGAAAUCAAUACUUUCCGUCAUCGGUUCCUCAUAUUGAUCCCAUCCCCACGUUUCCUCGUCCCCAAAGUCCCAUCUUGCCGAGCUCAUCGUCCGCUUCGCCUCCAUCGUUUCCUUCGCGCACUCUGCGAGGGGGAUCCCGGGCCCGGGGCGGGGCUGGGAGCGAUGGCGCAGCCGAGGUCCGGAGACGCACGGCCAGCGCCGCGGGAGGGGACGCCUUACGCGCUGUACCAGUUCGGCACCAGCGGCGCCGCCGUCGCCGUCGCCACCGCCGUCACCCACCCGCUCGAUGUUAUGAAAGUUAGGCUCCAAAUGCAGCUUGCUGGGCAAAAAGGAAACUUAGUUGGAAUGGGGACAAUAUUUACGCAAAUGAUAGAAAGGGAAGGGCCUCGAUCACUCUACCUGGGAAUUUCACCAGCAUUGACCAGAUCACUCAUCUAUGGUGGCCUUCGAUUAGGAUUGUAUGAGCCCUGCAAACAUGUCUGCAGUUAUGCAUUUGGUUCAACAAACUUUGCUUUCAAAUCUGCAUCCGGAAUAGUUGCUGGUGCCCUAGCAACUGCAUUGACGAAUCCGAUGGAGGUUUUAAAGGUGAGGUCACAGAUGAGUACAAGCAGAAUUACUACAAUCGGCGUGAUGAGGAUAAUUGUAGCAGAAGAAGGGCUCAAAGCGCUUUGGAAGGGAGUUGGCCCAGCAAUGGCGAGAGCAGGCUGCCUCACGGCAUCACAGAUGGCAACUUAUGACGAGACCAAGCAGGCCUUGCUGAAGUGGACACGACUUGAAGAAGGUUUUCAAUUACAUCUCAUGUCGAGUUGCAUCGCUGGAACAGCUGGUACACUUGUGACAGCGCCGAUUGACAUGAUCAAAACAAGAUUAAUGCUUCAACGGGAGGCCAAAGGUGCUAGAGUAUACAGGAAUGGUUUCCACUGUGCUUACCAGGUUGUGCGGACAGAGGGUGUAAAAUCACUUUAUAAAGGUGGGUUUGCCACCUUCGCAAGAUUAGGUCCUCAAACAGCAAUCACCUUCGUCGUCUGUGAGAAGCUGCGCGGACUUGCUGGAAUGACCGCUAUUUAGUACCACCUGACAUUGACAAAGUGCAGUUCAAGUAUAUGUUAGUUGGAUUGGAGGGCAUAUUUUACUCCACCCAUUAUCGACAUUUUUUGCACAUUCAGUAAAUCCUGCUCCUAUGGCAGCAAGGGUCAUUCCUUUGAUAGGCAAGGGUUGGCGAGAAACAAGACAGAACCUCGGAGUCUGCUGACAACCCAGGCACACCAAAAGUAUCAACUCAUCGAAGAAAAAUUCAUGGGGAUCAUCAGAACUGAGAGCUCCUUCCAGAUUUGUCAGCCUAAAUGGUUUGCUUGUACUUGCUCCAAGUUCAUAUUUUCUUGUCAGCUCACCCAUUGUUACACAAACAAAGUUCAGUGAAGAGAAAACAGAUUUCAGUGUUACAAAUUGUUUCUCUAUGCAUAGAUGAGUUUGCGUUGCACUUGUGCAUGAGCUUAUUUCUGACUUACAGUCCGUCAGAUUGUUUUUCUUCUGAGGUUGACAGUUGCACCCAUAUCAUGAUUUUUCAUUUAUGAAAGAUCACAAUAUUAUUAAUGUAUGGCUUUGACCCAAA